ACUUGACGCCCUAAAACCGCUCCGGAGUGACGAAUCGCUCUAAUCUUCUUCUAGAACCUUCUUCUUCGUCGCCUUCUCAGGUCACUUCUUCUCACGACGAUGGAGUUCUGGGGUGUUGAAGUUAAGCAGGGCGCACCACUUCAUGUGGAUCCUGGGGUAGAUAUGCUCGUGCACAUCUCACAGGCUGCUUUGGGAGAGAAUAAGAACAAUGUAAACGAACCCAUCAAGCUUUACCUGAGAGUUAAAGAUAAAAAGCAUAUCAUUGGGGUGCUAUCUCAUGACAAGAUUCCUCAGCUGGCCACGGAGAUUGUGUUGGAAAGGAAUUUUGAGCUGUCUCACAGUUGGAAGAAUGGCAGCGUUUUCUUCUCUGGUUACAAAGUUGAUGCAUCUGAUCCUGAGAAUGAGAAUAUGACUGAUGAUGGUCUCGCGGUUGCUAGUAACGAAGCUGAGCCAGCUGUUGCAAAAUCAGGUGUGAAACAGGUGAACUUUCAGUUGCCAAAUGAAGAUGUCCAAGCCAAGCAAGAUGAUGACGAUGAUGAUAGUGAGGAUGAUUCUUCAGAUGAUGAUGAUGAUGACUCUUCUGAAGAAUCUGGAGACGAGGAGGAAAAGACGGUUACUGCUGAAGGUGACAGUGAUGAAGAUGACUCAUCAGACGACGAUGAAGAGGACUCAUCAGAGGAGGACACCCCAAUAAAGCCUGAGGAACCCAAGAAGAGGUCUGCAGAAGCCAACUCCUCAAAGAACACUGCUUCCAACAAGAAGGCUAAGUUUGUAACUCCCCAGAAAUCAGAGUCUAAGAAGCCGCAUGUCCACGUUGCAACUCCUCAUCCAUCAAAACAGGCGGGUAAGAAUUCUGGUGGAAGCAGCAAUGGAGAGUCGUUGAAGCAGCAGCAGACACCAAAGUCUCCAAGUCAUGGGUGCAAGUCAUGCACGAGAAGCUUUACUUCGGAAAUGGCAUUGCAGUCUCACACAAAGGCAAAACACAGUGCGGCUGCUUGAAAAUCAUAAGAAGAAGAAGAAGCUCUAUGACUCUAGUCGUUAUAAUCUCUACUUAAGAAGUUUGUUGAUGCCUUUUGGUGUUCAAAACUGGAACUUGCGAGUGAGCCAGUUUUAGUUGGUCUUUUUUUCCUCAGGCGUUUGAACUUUUUUCUUAAUCGUUUCGGUACUUGAAACUUUGCUAAACCUUUGUUUGUGUUUAGUGCUAAUAUGGAUAUAUAUUAUUUAUUAGAGUCUUUAUGGAGGUU